AUGGCGGUGUCCGUCGUCGCUGCCCAGGACCAGGACCUGCUGAGCCCUUGCUCAGGGUCCAGCUACACUGAGCAGUCCCGCAGGUGGACGGCUUCCCGGCAGGGGGCGUGGCUCUUCGCGGCUCGACCUCCCGAAGGCGUGCAUGCCGGCCAAUCAGCGAAGCCGGCUGCUAUCGCGUGGACGCAGGCCCUUGGAGGAGCGUCGUCGCGGUACCGGGGUCGCCCUCGUCCUCUGAGGGGGCACUGUUGGCAUCCGUCAGGGUCAGGAGUCAUCUCUAGCGUCCGAAGACAGCCAGCCAUGGCACUCCCGGGAAGGAAGCACAUCGGGAGGGCUGCCAAGGACCUGCUGGAGGCUCAGGUUAUGGCAGCCUAUGACGUUCAGUAUGGAGCAAACAAUCCAGGAAUUGGUGACGGUGGAGAAAACAGCCCCUUUUCAGGCACACCUCAGCAAGAUGUGCGGAAUGAGUUACAGAAUAUGCUGGAGAGAUUUGAAGGGGACAUGAACAAGGUUCUUUAUGCAAAGAGAAAACGUUUCAAAAUGAAUACCGAUGCUUCUGUCAACACCAUGCAGGAACGUGUGACAACCAUUUCAGUUCCGAAAUACUUGAGUAUUGGUGCUUUACAGAGCUCAGAUGACAGUCCUCUCACCAAACAGGUGUCACCUCGGGACAAUGAGCUGUGGCUGGCGGAUGACGUGCCACUCAACCUCCUCACCCUCCCUUUCAUUAGCAGCUGCCAGCCUCACUAA